CUCCCAGCGGCUGCGCCGUGACAGCCGCCUGGCUCUGCCCCCGUCUCGGUCAUCCUCCACUCCGCGCACCCCUUUCCCUCCGAACAAUGUUCUCCAUGCUCCGCGCGGCUCCACUCUCUUCACCGACUGCCACAUCUAAGAUUUUGGGUUGAUUCCACCGUCCACAGUCUCCAGUUCGCCAUGGCAACGGUGGUGAUGGAGCAGAUCGGUCGCCUGUUCAUCAACGCGCAGCAGCUGCGGCAGAUCCCCCAGCUGCUGGAGUCGGCCUUCCCGACGCUGCCUUGCACCGUGAAGGUGUCCGACGUGCCCUGGGUGUUCCGCGAGAAGCACAUCCUCACCGGCUACAGGCAGCCGCACCACAGCUGGCGCUACUACUUCCUUACCCUCUUCCAAAGGCACAACGAGACCCUCAACGUGUGGACCCACCUGCUGGCCGCCCUCAUCAUCUUGGUGAAGUGGCAGGAGAUCUCGGAGACGGUGGACUUUUUGCGAGACCCCCACGCUCAGCCCCUCUUCAUCGUGCUCCUGGCAGCCUUCACCUACCUCUCCUGCAGCGCUCUUGCUCACCUCCUCUCGGCCAAGUCGGAGCUCUCCUACUACACCUUCUACUUCCUCGACUACGUGGGGGUCGCCGUCUACCAGUAUGGGAGCGCUCUGGCGCACUACUACUACGCCAUAGAGAAAGAUUUGCACACCACGGUGCGAGGGUUCUUCUUACCCGCUGCGGCGUUCCUGGCUUGGCUUACUUGCUUCGGCUGCUGCUACGGGAAGUACGCCAGCCCUGAGCUGCCCAAGGUGGUCAACAAGCUAUUCCAAGUGGUGCCGUCGGCCUUGGCUUACUGUUUAGACAUAAGCCCAGUGGUCCAUCGCAUCUACAGCUGCUACCGCGACGGCUGCUCCGACCCGACCGUUGUGUACCACUUCUACCACGUGCUCUUCUUCCUAAUCGGCGCCUACUUCUUUUGCUGCCCCCACCCAGAGAGCUUGUUCCCCGGUCGGUGUGACUUCAUUGGGCAGGGCCACCAGAUCUUCCACGUGUUCGUGGUGGUGUGCACCCUGACGCAGAUCGAGGCGCUGCGGACUGACUUCACGGAGCGCCGGCCCUUCUACGAGCGCCUCCACGGGGACCUGGCGCACGACGCCGUCGCGCUCUUCAUCUUCACCGCCUGUUGCAGUGCCCUCACCGCGUUCUGCGUGCGCAAGCGCGUGCGCGCCACCUCCCACGACAAGGAGGAGUAGCGGGCCGAGGUGGAGCGCCGUUGUGUCACAGAUGUAGUAGAAGUGGGGCGGGGGCGGGGUGGGGAAGAGAAGGAAUUUAUUUUAGUCUGUAGUGACCGUUUAAAAUUAAUUCAGAUGUUUUUUGUCGAUGAAAGUUAUCGGUUUGUGACAGUGACUUAUGAUUAUUUCCUCUCCGUGUGAUCUGCCAAACUACAGUGAACUAAACAGUGUUUGAGUGUGUGUUUUUGUGACUUACGAGAAAAAGGGAAUCUUGUAAUUCGUCUGUAGCAAUACAGCUAGUACUCCGACACUGCAACAAGUCCUUGCACCAUUAGUCUGCAGGAGGGGAUGUUUGACUUCACCGGACAAAAAAACAAAAAAACGGUCUUUUGGUCCAGGUGAGCUGGUAAAUUAAGAUUUAGUUUCUCAUGUAUCUAGAAUAAUUCAACUGUAUUAAUCAAAAACAGCAUUUCAAAUCGGCCAAGCAUUUAUUUUUUAACGACGCUAGUUCCAAUCUAGUUUUACGUUCUUCUUGAGCGACCUUUUUUUGGCAUUUACCGUUUUCACUCCCUUUUCAGAUUUGUCCUUCUCUUUUUUAGGCAUCAGAGCAGGAUUUUCUUUUUUUUUUAAUUUCCUUAUUAGUUUUAAUUUAAAUUGCACUACCACUGCAGCCCAAAUGUCUGAACCCAGUCCAAUCCAAUUUGAAAACCAAAUAUUGUACCUCUUUUUCUUUUUUCCCUUUGAUUGAUAACAAAAAAAGAAAAGAGAAAAUAAUGAGGCUGGCACUCUGUAUUGGUUAAGAGGUCGAGGGAAGAUUACUGAUGUCUCUUUGUUGUCGUAACAAUGUUAAUCUUUUUUAUUCAAAGGGCUGGAACUUCAGCUUUUGCCUUCUCACAUCCCGUGAUGUCAGUGCUUCGCGUGCAUCUUUUUUCACCGUCGGUUGAUCGGACUUGAGUCGUAGAAGCCGUGGCUGACUGUUGUUCUGCUUUGAGUACGUUUUGUUUUUGUAUGAUGAAUAUGUAUGUGCCUCUACGCAUGUCUUUUGGUAUAUACUGUGUAUAUUAAGUGUGUGAAUGUCUAUCGAAGCUUAGCCUUGCACUUCUUUCUUACCCUGUAAAUAAGCUGUAUUUCUCUAGAAAGUUGUUCGCAUCUCAUUCUCUCUCGACUUGUUGCGUUCACAACUGAGUGCACAUUUCUCUUUUAUUUUCUGGUGGAAUACAGCGCGUUUCCUAUUUUGCUGCAUUCUUUAAAAGCGUGUUUUGUGUUCAGUGUCUCGCCCGUCAGACCGCGGCGGGUAUGAAUACGUCAUUUCACACUCGCACCGUCACACCGAAGAGUCCCUUUGUUUUCUCAAAUAAUGCCGAUAAUGCGGGGAGGAUUUCUAUCGUGCAGGAUCUCCCUCACGUUAUCAGAGGAGAUCUCGGUUCCUUGUGACGGCGCUCUCUGUUCGUGAUGGUGCUUAACGUGCCAAUGAAUCUGCUGUAGCUUCAGGGAUGGUGCUGCUGAAUGAUGGAUUCAGAGACGCGCUGUCAGAUUUAGACUCUUUUAAAUGUUAUGUUCACCUCCAGACUGCAAACAUGUUAUCUUAGGAAAAAAAAAACAAAAAAAAAAAACAAAAUCUCCUAACUGUGGACUUUCUGAUCUCAUCAUGCACUGCCUGAAUCAACACUGUACUGUAUAUAUUGUAGCUGACAACACUGGCUUUGUUUACAUGCAUGGAGGCCGUUGAAGUGGUUAUCUGGUUUUGUGUUGAUCCUCGGAAAUGUGACACCUCCCUUGUUGUGCAGGUGUAGACUGGUGGGAAAGGAGAUCGAAGCUCUUGUGCGUGAUUUUGCACACGCAGUCUAGCGCUGCACUGAAAGGCUCCGUCGUGGGCUCGUGAUUUCAGUCCCAAUCUGUGAAUGACGUCUUCUCACCAGUUGCUGCAUAAGGUUAUUGUCCCGACCGUGAAAAGGACCAACACAAUUACUCAUGGGAUUAGAAUUUGUUUCCCUCACACUGGAGGCAACAAAUUCGCUGAAAGUGGGAAGGAGCAGUCGGAACUAACUGACGGAUUGCUUGUCGCGACUUGUACACUCUGUCACAGGUUAUCCAAGUUGUAUGCAGAGCAAACCGAACUGAGAACUUCACUGGAAUAUGGCCAGCACUCUGUGUGUGUGUCUGCGUGUGAGACCUGUCCAUCCAUCUUUGUGAGGAUCACUUUUGUGGUGUCACACUAUCGGAGAGAGGACAUUUUGGCCAAUGGGCUGUUAAGACACGGUUUUACUGAUAACAUUAGAACGGGGUUAACGCUAAGGGCUGGUGAGAGAGCGUUAGUUGUGGGACAGUGAAUACAUAAUGUCGGUAAAUGUCCUCACAAAGAUAGCUGUGCGUGGGCGUGUGUGUGUGAUCGUGUGAACGUAGCUUCUGAUACAACCUGUGGUUUCCCUUUAUCUCUUUCAGAAAAGCAGGGUGAGAGGGACCAGAAUGUCAUCUGCCUCCAAAACUAUGUGUAACUGACUGUACUAAUAUUCUGUGGUAUUUAAGAAAAUAAAGUGUUAAAGUAACUUAAAAAAAAAAAAAAA